GAAGGCGAUUUGGCGCGGACUGACCUGUUGUUGUGUUGACCUGCCGCCGCCGACACGUUAAGUAGCACUAACCGAGAAAACUAUCAAGACAACGCUCCAUGGCUCCGGUGUCAAACCCAGACAAGGACAUGGAGGCUCCGGACGGCGAUGAUGGAGGAGAUGCAUGUGGUCUGGCCAAAUCUCGCUCCAGAAGAGAGAAGAGAGAGAAGGUGGGGAGGAAGUCUGCACUGGAGCAGCUCAGGAAAGCCAAGAAGGGGGAGAAGAUCAAAUAUGAGGUGGAAGAGGUAACCAGUGUAUAUGAGGAGGUGGACGAGGAGCAGUACUCAAAGAUGGUACAAGAGAGGCAAGAGGAUGACUGGAUUAUUGAUGAUGAUGGAACAGGAUAUGUGGAAGAUGGACGAGAAAUCUUUGACGAUGAUUUGGAUGAUGACGCGCUAGAAAACAAAAAAGCAGGAAAAGGAGGCGCCAAAGGGGCACACAAACAGAAACCUGUGAAGAAAUCCGUCGUAGCGAAGCCCAACACCAUUAAGAGCCUCUUCAUGAACAGUAAUGUCAAGAGGCCCGCUGAGAAAGAUGUCGAUCUGUCAAAAGAUGACCUGUUGGGAGAUAUCCUACAGGAUCUGCACUCUGAGAAGCCAGCUCUUCUGACUCCUCCACCAGUGGUCACUCUAAAGAAAAAGAAGUCUCUGGGAUCACCUAUGAAUCCCUUCUCCAUCAAACCUCAGAUGCCGAAGGAGUCACCUCCAGCUACGGGAUUAAAGGCCAAAGUGAUUCGACCACCUCCGCCUUCAGACCCUGCUCCCAGGCCAUCAGCCCGUCCUACUCCCUCCACAUCUGCUCCUCCUGCACAAAAGCAUAAGGCCAAAGUGGAGGAGGCAAAUGAAGAGGAAGUGAAUGAUACUCUGGCGUUUGAUGGGGUGGACUUUGAUGAACCAAUGGAGGUUGGCUUUGAGGAGGAGAAGCCUGAAGUGAAAGAUGAGCCUGAACCUAAAGCAGCAGCGGCUCCAGUUAAAGUUGAGCCCAAAGCUGAGCCUCAGGACCCAGUCCUCUUGUCCAGCAGAAUUGGCAGCUCUUGGGGACAGGAAGAUGAAAGUGCAGUCAGUGAAGCUCCUGCAGAGGUACAGGUCGACUCCAGCCGACUCCCACUGGUGGAGGGAGCAGACGGGGAGCAGGUUUUCCGCUUCUAUUGGUUGGAUGCCUUUGAAGACCCAUACAGCCAAAAAGGUGUGGUGUACCUGUUUGGAAAAGUGUGGAUUGAGUCGGCAGAGUCUCAUGUGAGCUGCUGCGUCUCUGUCAAGAACAUUGAGCGAACCAUGUACCUGCUGCCUCGUGAAUAUAGAGCAAACCCAAAGACAGGGGAGGUUUCAGACACUCCUGUAGAGAUGGUGGAUGUCUACCAGGAGUUCAGCGAGCUCUCUGAGAAGUUCAGGAUAAUGAAGUUCAAGUCCAAGAAAGUGGAAAAGAACUAUGCUUUUGAAAUUCCUGAUGUGCCCAGUCAGUGCGAGUACCUGGAAGUCAGAUAUUCUGCUGAGUUCCCUGCACUACCUUCCGACCUAAAGGGGGCGACCUUCUCCCACGUUUUUGGAACAAACACCUCCAGUCUGGAGCAUUUCCUCCUCAGCAGGAAGAUUAAAGGCCCUUGCUGGUUGGAUAUCAAAACACCACAACUUAUUGGCCAGCCAGUCAGCUGGUGUAAGGUGGAGGCUCUCGCUCUGAGGAGUGACCUGGUCACUGUGAUCAAAGACCUGCCGCCUCCACCCGUCACUGUCAUGUCCAUCAGCCUCAAGACAGUCCAGAACCCCAAGACGCACCAAAAUGAGAUUGUGUCCCUCGCUGCACUUACCCACUAUGGAUUCCACAUGGAUAAAGCUCCUCCCCGGCCUCCGUACCAGACUCAUUUCUGUGUGGUCAGUAAACCAGCCGAUUGUAUCUUCCCUUAUGACUUUAAAGAGGCAGUGAGGAAGAAGAAUGGGAAGGUGGAAAUAGCUGGUACAGAGCGGGCACUGCUCGGCUUCUUCCUGGCUAAGAUGCACAAGAUCGACCCUGAUGUGCUGGUGGGUCAUGACAUCUUUGGUUUUGACCUGGAAGUUCUUCUGCAGCGGUUAAACACUUGCAAAGUUCCUCACUGGUCUAAAAUUGGUCGCCUCAGGAGGGUCAACAUGCCCAAGUUAGGGGGUCGUAGUGCCUUUGCAGAGAAGAGUGCAACCUGUGGCCGCCUGGUUUGUGAUGUGGAGAUCUCAGCCAAGGAGCUGAUUCGCUGUAAAAGUUAUCAUCUGACUGAACUCACAGCACAGGUGCUGAAGACGGAGAGAAUCACGGUCCCCCAGGAAGAAAUCAAAAAUCUCUACAGUGACUCUCCUCAUCUCCUCUACCUGUUGGAGUUGACAUGGACCGAUGCCAAGCUGAUCCUCCAGAUCAUGUGUGAGCUCAACGUGCUGCCGCUUGCCCUGCAGAUCACCAACAUUGCUGGCAAUGUCAUGUCUCGUACUCUGAUGGGCGGCCGCUCUGAGAGGAAUGAGUUCCUGUUGCUUCAUGCCUUCCACGACAAAAACUACAUCGUCCCUGACAAACCCUCCUUCAAAAAGACUCAACAGGAGAUGGUUGAGGGAGAGGAUGAUGUGGAUGCAGGGAAAGGCAAGAGAAAGAAGAAGGCAGCCUAUGCUGGAGGUCUGGUGCUGGAUCCAAAAGUUGGUUUCUACGAUAAGUUUGUGCUGCUGCUUGACUUCAACAGCCUGUAUCCCUCAAUCAUUCAAGAGUUCAACAUCUGCUUCACCACUGUGCAGAGGGAAGCUCACAACUCACAGAAGAAGAGUGAGGAGAAUGAAACAGAGGAGAUUCCCGAGAUUCCAGAUUCCAGUCUGGAAAUGGGAAUCCUGCCCAAGGAAAUCAGGAAGCUGGUCGAACGGCGUAAGCAGGUCAAACAGCUGAUGAAACAGCAGGAUGUCAACCCAGAUCUCUACCUGCAGUAUGACAUUCGUCAGAAGGCUCUGAAGCUGACUGCUAACAGUAUGUACGGAUGCCUGGGAUUCAGCUACAGCCGCUUCUAUGCCAAGCCUCUUGCUGCGCUGGUCACACACAAGGGAAGAGAGAUUCUGAUGCACACCAAAGACAUGGUUCAGAAGAUGAAUCUGGAAGUCAUCUAUGGAGAUACCGACUCCAUCAUGAUCAACACCAACAGCAAGUCUCUGGAGGAAGUCUUCAAGCUCGGCAACAAGGUGAAGGCAGAAGUAAAUAAGCUGUACAAACUUCUGGAGAUCGACAUAGACGGUGUAUUUAAGUCACUUUUGCUGCUGAAGAAGAAGAAAUACGCAGCCUUGGUGGUGGAGCAACAUGGAGAAGGACGAUAUAGUGUCAAGCAGGAGCUCAAAGGCUUGGACAUUGUCCGCAGAGAUUGGUGUGAUCUGGCCAAGGAGUGUGGCAACUAUGUGAUUGGCCAGAUUUUGUCAGACCAGAGUCGCGAUGUGAUUGUGGAGAACAUCCAGAAACACCUGGUGGAGGUGGGAGAGAAGGUAGCCAGUGGAGCCAUACCGCUAAACCAGUAUGAGAUCCACAAGGCAUUGACAAAGGAUCCUCAGGACUAUCCAGAUAAGAAGAGUCUCCCUCACGUCCAUGUGGCUCUUUGGAUCAACUCUCAGGGUGGCCGUCGGGUCAAAGCUGGAGAUACAAUCUCUUACCUCAUCUGCAAGGACGGCUCCACACUGGCUGCCAGUCAGAGAGCCUACGCUCUAGAGCAGCUUCAGAAACAGGAGGGUCUCAGUUUGGAUGCCCAGUACUACCUGGCCCAGCAGAUCCACCCAGUAGUGUCUCGCAUUUGUGAUCCCAUCGAGGGCAUUGACAGUGUGCUCAUAGCCACAUGGCUGGGCCUGGAUCCAAGUCAGUUCAGAGCUCAACAACAGUACCAGAGGGAGGAGGAGGCAGAUGGCAUGCUGGGAGCUCCAGUUCAGCUGACUGAUGAGGAGCGCUAUAAAGACUGUGAGAGGUUUACUUUCACCUGCCCUCAGUGUGGCACUGACAACAUCUACGAUAGCGUCUUCGAAGGAGCUGGUUUAAAGUUGGAGCCCAGUUUGUUGCGAUGCUGUCACCUCCCCUGUGGAGGUUCCCCCCUCGACUACUCUGUCAACAUCAGCAACAAACUUCUACUGGACAUCCGUCGUCACAUCAAAAAAUACUACUCUGGCUGGUUGGUGUGCGAGGACCAGGCCUGUCAGAACAGGACCAGACGUUUGCCCAUCGCCUUCUCCCGACAUGGACCCAUCUGCCCUGCUUGCACCAGAGCAACACUUAGACCAGAGUACUCGGAAAAGGCCCUUUACAACCAGCUCUGCUUUUACAAGUUCAUCUUUGACUGGGACUACGCAACUGCUAAAGUACUACAAUCUGACGAGAGAACUCAAGUUAACCGGAUGGCCAGAGCAAAGGAUGUGUAUCGGAGGCUAAAGGAAGUGCCAGAGAAAGCCUUGGCAACCAGUGGCUACUCGGAGAUUAACCUGGCCAAGCUUUUCCAGGCUUUCUCUUCCCUCAAGUAAAACAACACACGCACAUCUGUAAAGACCACACCGCCAAGAGGCUCCGACAUCAAAGCCGGACAUUUGCACAUUCACCUACAGUUUUUUUUUGUUUCCAAAUAUAGCAGGAUUCAUGAUUUUAGGUGUUUUCACCCUCAUUUCGUCUUCGUCAAACCUGCCGGGCUUGUUAUAUAGCAGCUUAAAACCCAAUGACAGCUUUCUUCACACACAUACACACAUUCUCAUGACUUGACCUCAUCACCCUGACUCUGUAUGGUAAAGGGGGAGUAGCAAUCAUACCUAAAUGACGGUCUAUUGUGCGUGCGGAGGCUAGCUGAGCCCAGAUGUGUGUCUAAGUGUAAGGAUGACUUAUCCUCGGAGCAGCCAGUAUACUCCAAAAGCCACUAAUUAGCCAAUGACAGUGACCUGGGCCACUAAGACCACUGGAUGCCUGCAGCGAUCGGACACUUGUUCUGAUUGCCACCAUUCUUCAUCCUGUGUGUGUGUGUGUGUGUGUGUGUGUGUGUGUGUGUGUGUGUGUGUGAGAUCAGUGGAUGAAAGAAAGGUGUAAGGAGGAUGCAGGCAGUGACGGGGUGAGGGAGGCCACACGCGCUGCUCCCUCGUUCUUUUGUCCCAAUAUCGAACAGCUGAUCUCCUUCUCCUCCACUGCCUCUGUUUAACUGAUGUCAUUUCAUCCUUUUCACUUCUUUUUUUUUCCUCCCACCCCCCUACCCCACUUUACCCUCCCUCCUCUGUGCAAAUUGUGUUUUACAGCAUGCAAUUUUCUAUGUAUCUGAGUAGUAUUUCUCAGAAGGGACUGUCAUUUUUUUUUCUUGUAAUGACCAGAAUAUUUCGUAUUGGGUAUUUUGAUAUUGAUGAUUGUUCAUACUGAAACCUCAAUAAAUAAAGUUAAACAGAUAAGAA